AUGACAUCAGGGUAAACGGCACCACCGAAGAAGAGUGAGCAGUAUGCUGUCAGUGUGUGGAGGUCACGUUGCUGCCGUGCUGUGGACCCAUCAUGUCCGUGUUUUUCCCCACUCUCCUGCUCUGUGUUUACGGUUUCUUCUCCAACCUGCGGCCGUCGGAACCUUUCCUCGCCGCCUUCCUGAUGGGACCGGACAAGAACCUGACGGAGACCCAGGUUGUGAACGAGAUCUUUCCCAUCUGGACGUACUCGUACCUGGCGUUGCUGUUUCCCAUCUUCCUGGCCACAGACUACCUCUGUUAUAAACCUAUCCUGGUGCUGCAGGCCUCCAGUUUAGUCGUCACCUAUGUGAUGCUGCUGAAGGCGCAGGGCAUGCUCGCCAUGCAGCUGAUGGAGUUCUUCUACGGCCUGGCCACGGCGUCGGAGGUGGCCUACUACGCGUACAUCUACAGCGUGGUGAAGCCGGCUCACUACCAGAGAGUGACCGGCCUCUGCCGCUCCAUCACUCUGUUCGGAUCGGCCGCGGGAUCUCUGACCGGUCAGCUGCUGCUCUCCGUGGCCAAAGUUCAGCUGCUGCACCUCGUCAUCGUCACGCUGACGGCGGCCGCCUUGGCCUUCGUCGCUCCCUGGUUUCUGCCCAUGCCCAAGAGGAGUCUGUUCUUCCACAAGAGUCCAGGAUCAGCGGAGGACGGACAGAAGAGGGGCAGCGCCGCCCUGCUGGAGAAGGCUGAAGAUGCAGAGAGUAAAGUGCCUCUAAACAUGCAGUACGCCACGAUAUCCAGCUCCUCUGAGACCGAGCGUCCUCGGAGGGGUCUCCUGGACGUGCUGCGGAUGCUGUUUGAUGACUUCCUGCAGUGCUACAGGUGUCGCCCCCUGCUGGCCUGGUCGCUGUGGUGGGCUCUGUCCACCUGCGGAUACUUCCAGAUCCUCAACUACGCUCAGCCGCUGUGGGAGAAAGUUCGUCCGUCGCACGAUUACGAGAUCUACAACGGAUACGUGGAGACCGCGUCCACGCUGCUGGGUGCUCUGGCGGCGCUCCUGGUGGGCUACCUGCCCGUGAGCUGGUCUCUGUGGGGCGAGCUGGCUCUGUGUGUCAUGUCCCUGCUCAUGGCCGUGUGCGUCUUCGUCAUGGACAUGCUGAAGAACAUCUGGCUGUGUUACGCCGCCUACAUCGUCUUCAGAGCUGCGUACAUGCUGCUCAUCACCGUGGCAACGUUUCAGAUCGCAGCCAAUCUCAACAUGCAGCGUUACGCCUUAGUGUUCGGGGUGAACACCUUCAUGGCCCUGCUGCUGCAGACUCUGCUCACGCUGGUCGUCGUGGACUCCGUCGGCUUCGGCCUCGACGUCUACACUCAGUUCUUCAUCUACGGCGGAUACUUCACUCUCAUCUCGGCGGUGUUCCUCCUCGCCGGGUUGUGCAAACUGGUCUCCAGGAGGCGCUCUGAGGAGGAGGUCUUAGCCAACGGCUCGGCAGAAAUCGGAUCAGACUCUCCUCCAAUCAGUGACGCCUGAUUGCAAUCACGAUAUGUAUUAAAGUUUGAACCUUUCAGCUUGGAGAGCAGCAGAGGUGAGUGAGCAGAGUAGAAAAUGACACUUUACUUAGUGAAACCUAAAACUUUAAAGGAGCUUUUAGACCGUCGUUUUAGACUUCAAAUGUCCGAUAUAUUCCGUUAUAUGUUCAUGACGCGAUGAAAGAAAUGUGCAGAAUGAAAUUUGCCCCUUUUUGCCUUAAGGCUCGAUGAGCAGCACUUUAUAUCAGCGAGCACUUCUCCACGUUUACUUUGACACCAGCCAAAAAAAGAGAAGAGUUUAUUUGAAUAUUUAUUGUUUCCUCCUGUCGUCGUGUGUGAGACGUUUCGGUACUCGUGAGGAGAAUCAGUGUUGGGAUGUUAAAUCUCUGUUUUUUGUGAAAUGUCACCUGUAGCUCAUGUGAGACUUCAGGAUAUCGCUCUGAGAUAAUCUGUUACUUCAUACUUGAUGUUUUAAAAAGUGCCUCGAACGUUCAAAAACGCUGCUUCUGCACUGAGACAUUCCUGAAUUCUUCCAGGGAUUUAAAGAGUUUUUCAUUGUCAACAGAUCUGAUGAACGGACAAAAACCAGCAAUGAUUGAGUCCGCUUUGUUCAGACUUCCUGUCUUUAGCUCUCAGCCCCGAGCUCAUUGGUUCCCUCUGACGGUUAUGUAUACGUCUGAGAAGUGAAUUUCUUAAAACAUCUGUUCUCUGCAGAUGAAGAAAACCUCACAGAGAGCAUGCAGAGUCUACAAACCAAUCAGUACUGCACAGAGAUGAGCACUGGCGCCCUCUUGUGGUCCCUUUGUGUAAUGACACGAGGAGGCCAGGCAAGAUCGUAAAGCACAGUUUAAGGACAACAGUAAUAAAUAAAUAAGUCAAUAAACACCUAACCAAGACAUUAUGGGAUGCAUGGCACAUCUGCACAUUGUAAGACUACAUUCAAGGAGUGUAAGUACAAGCCACUGACGCAGGAACGCCAUGUGGUCAAUCAUCACACUACACCCCUUUUUUUUAAUAUCUUUAAAUAUUUAUUUGGAGAGUAACGUCUCAGAAAAAUAAACACUAAGGAUAAAUGUAUUGUUGGUUUCUCUCAGUUUAUGGGAUGUGUUGACAGCUGCACAUGUUGACGAGGUUUGAACCAAAUGAUUGUGGGACGUCAUCAAACUUUUGGAAGACUUCAAAAAUAAAAGAGCCAAACAGAACGUAGAAAUGCCUGCAGACAAUACGGCUCGUCCUGUAGGUCGUCUGUGUGAAUGUGUGUGUGUCAGAGUGUUGAGCACUUAAAGUGAUGUGUGUUUAUUUUCAUACUGGUCGACUGUUACUGGAAGCACAAACAUAGCUGCAGGACGGAGCGUCCAAAACUGACUGGUUUGUGUUUGUUUUCACUUUUUAACAUCCUUUUUUUGUGUCAUAAAGUUCAGAUCAUGUGUCUAACGACGCUGUAACUUCAGCUCUCAUUAACUUUAUUCACUGUAAUAAAAACUUUAUUAGUCGAGCUGCACAAUCACAGACACAAGUGCAAACACUGGGAGUCAUUCUCCAAAACAAGCAUGAUUGUGAAAGUAGCAUUCCCUCAGUGAUCUGGAGAAAAUCACCCACCCUGCCUUUCAGUCUUCUGAGGAUGUUUUAAUGACUGAUUUCUAGUGUUUCUAUUUUUUGUUACAUUUUGUUGCCUUUUUUUUUUUUUUUAGACUGUACUGUAAAAGAACUCCACCAUGUGUCUUUAUUUUUGUUAACUGUCAGAACUGUGAAGGCGUGUUGGGAUGUUUCUAUAAAGAUGUGGACUCA